UGUUUCAUAACAUUGGGUCGGUCCGUCGUGUGUCGUUCCGUCGCUGUUUCGGAUUGCGAGGAGUGUGUUUUUUUUUUGUGGAGGGGUGUUUUUGAAGCUCUGAGAAAAAGUGAGAUUUCCGGGGCGGUUUAGGGGACAGAUGGCCCAAGUUUGAUCGGUUUUUUGGGCGAGAAAUGAGUUUAAAAAGGAGAAUAAGCUAGAAUCGCGCGCGCAAGGAAAAAAACUGUGACGGAGAGGGGAUUUGAACCCGCUGCCGUGGGAUUGCUAGAAAGUGCCGAUUUCGGAGCAGAGCGCGUUCACACGUGUGCGGUGUGAUUUUGGUGGUUCUGGUGAAGUGAAAUUGUCCGAUUCAAACAUGCCAAACUGAAGGGGGUACCGGAAACGGAUACUUUUGGCCACGAAGUACUCUGUCAGAGUGAGCGAGAGAGAAAGGGAGAGUGAGAGCACGUGAAAGAGUGAGAGGGCGCUACUCGCGGAAGAAAAGUCCAGCGAAAAAAACCAAACACAGCACAGCAAUGACGCUCAUCCUGUCCUGGCUGUUCAUCCUGGCGCUGAUCGUGCCGGAUCUGUCCUCGAGCCUACUCCACUGCCCAUCCCGGUGUCACUGCGACGACGAAAAGCUGGACGUCAACUGCGAGGAGGGCCACCUGGACGUGGUCCCGAUCGCGCUGAACCCCUCAAUCCAGCGGCUCGUCAUCCGGAACAACAAGAUCCGGAUCAUCGACUCGUCGGUGCAGUUCUACUCGGAGCUGACGCUGCUGGAUCUGAGCUACAACUACCUGUUCAACAUCCCGGACCGGACGUUCGCCCGGCAGAGCAAGCUGCAGCAGUUGCAUCUGAACCACAACAAGAUCAGCGCGGUGUCGAACCGGACGUUCGUGGGGCUGGGCGAGCUGUUGGUGCUGAAUCUGCGCGGGAACCUGAUCGAUCAGAUCGAACCGUUGACGUUUGCGCCGCUGCCGAAGCUGGAGGAGCUGAAUCUGGGGCAGAAUCGGAUCAGCAGCGUCGGGAUGGCGGUGACGGGAUUGGUUGGGUUGGGGGAUUUGAAGAUCCUGUUUUUGGACGAUAAUCGGUUUGAGGUGGUUCCGGUGGAGGAGACGUUCCGGCCGGUGGAGAAGCUGGCGGAGCUGUACAUCGGGACGAACUCGUUUGGGUCGGUGAAGGACGGAGCGUUUGCGGUGCUGUCGGAGUUGACGCUGCUGGAUUUGAAGAGCUGCUUGCUGAGCAAUAUUAGUACGGAUACGUUUGCGGGGAUCGAGAACAUCAAGAGUUUGAACCUGGCGGAUAAUCGGUUUACGAGGAUUCCCUCGCAAGCGUUGGGGAUUUUGAGGAGGUUGGAGGAGCUAUCGAUCGGUCAGAACUACUUUGAAGCGUUGGGAGGGAACGCAUUCCGUGGGCUUUCGAAUUUGAAGCGUUUCGAGCUGCGAGGAUCGCUGUAUCUGAAGAGGAUCGAACGGGCAGCGUUCCAGACGAACACCAACCUGGAGAGCAUCGCGAUCGAGUCGAACAAGGCGCUUAGCGAGCUGGAGGAGGAGACCUUCGCCGGACUGUUGUUCUUGAAGCACUUGAGCUUAAGGAACAACGGGUUUACCCAACUCGAUGAAGGGAUGUUUUCGUGGAACAGCUUGCGCUCGCUGGACAUCUCCGACAACCCGAUCAACUGCGACUGCUACUACUCCCGGUUGCUGCACCGACUGCAGACCGCCAACCGAAUCAUGUACAACGCCACCGGCUGUCCGCACUACCUGCCCGACCAGUUCGAGUGUGAGUACGCACUGCAGAAGAACAAGAACUUCAUCUCCGUCUUAGUGCUGGCGGUAGCCCUCAUGACGGCGAUCGUGAUCUGCCUGUACAAGUUCCGCGACCUGCUGCGAACCUACGUCCACAACGGGUGCAAGAACAAACCCGCUUCGGCGGGCAGUACCGCCGGUUCGCUGGACGUCGUAGACUACGAGAAGGCGUUCACCGGCGACGAUCGCCACAACAACCUGUACAGCAACCACCAGGUGCAGCCGAUCCUGACCGGGUACCCGACGGCGGCCGCCGCCUACAUGCAGGCCACGUCCGCCGGGUACAACCCGUACUACAAUGCCAAGCCGCUGCCGAUUACGGAGUUAUAGUAUUGAAAGCUGGUCGACGAGUGCGGCGAUGCCAGCGUGUAAAUUAAUUUGCGGGUGAAUCCUUGCCGGAAGCUCUCUCUCGGUUGGUUUUUUGGUCCUUCAUCCUGCAGGGUGGGAAAGUUUCGCCGAGCAAACGAUGCCGGUCAGGCUUUGCGAUAAUAGCUGUUGAGUAAUCCUCUUUCAAACAGCAAAAAAGUUGGGAGGGAAUCAAAAGUUGGUCCUGUCCUGAGGUGCAGCAACGCCAAUCGCUGUGUGUGAUUCAAUUUUCUAGGGAUCAACUUUUCAGUUACACCUGUUUGGAGCGCUGUUUGGUAUGCAGAACUCGGUAGCAGAUUCCGGACCAGGUGCUAUCAUGGCCAAAAACAGAGAAAAGUGAGGGAAAUUAUAGCAAUACCCAUUUAAAGUUGGCGUAAUUGUUGAAGGUUAGUGUGAGCACGUGAGAGGAGCCGGGAAUUUGGCUGGAGUUUUAAGCUCUGGGAAAUUUUUGGGACGUGUGUGGUUUACAUUUUUUUGGGAGCGGGAGAACCCGUUUGCGGUCAGACGCGGAGACAAAAUGGGAAGGUUCAGUUAUGG